GAGGACAACUGAAAGUGAAACACUCAGCGAUCGUACCGAAGAUUAAUCCGACCGCUAUGGACCUUCUGCUUCUUGUUCUGGUCUGACUGUGAGCUGCUACUGGUGCUGCUGCUGCUGCUGCCGUUGCUGACUACUCCACCGUGUCAAUGAUUUCAAAAACAAAUCAUCAUCUCAUUUCAACGGAUGUGGUUGUCGUGCUAAGAAAGAGCAGAAGAGUCGCGAACCGAACCAACACCUUAAAUCCCAAGUGAAUAGUCUGCCAUUCCACUUAAGUGCCUUAAAGAACGUGCCAGCGAUCAAGUGAUGGCCGAGCGGACGACACUAACAUGCUACCUGACGAUCGCACUUUUCGCGAUCGGCCAGAUUCAGGGCGAAUCACAGGAGCCUCUACCAGAUGGAGCCCGGGAGGACAUUGCUGGCACCACCGAGGCAGAGCUUUCGACCGUAGAUUUUACGACCCAGCGGGCUUCCACCACGACGCAUGAUCGCGUCCUGUUCACGGAUACGCCGGUCAUGGAUGCGAUUACCAUUAUCUGGUACGUGGCCACCUUCAUUGCGCUGAUCUCGUUCUUUCUGGUGAUGGCCUGUGCCGAUCGCAAUCGCUGUCGAUCGCGUAAACCCGUCGAUCCGGAGGUAACACCACCGCCAACACCGGCACCCUCCUACCGAUUUUUUGCACCGCCCAGCUACGACAGUCUCGAGUUCGACAAGGACACGGACAGCAUUUUCAUCAUCCCGUACGAUAACCGGAGCGUCUCGGCGGAUGAUCCUCAGAGGUGUGCCGAGGGUUUGGCAAGCACGCUGGAGUACAUCAUCGAACGGCCGUCACCAGCUGAUUCUGCGGCCGUCCCGGUAGCCAGUGAUAUUACGUCCACCGUCGGUGGAGAGCAUGAUCUUGUGGAAGUGACCAGUGUACCGGUGCACCCAACGCUGCGGUAAAAGUGUCCCCGUGAAAGUCAUGACGAAAUCGUGGAGCUCGCUUGCACUCCCUUGAAGGCCAUGAAGGGGGGCCCCGUUUGUGACUCAGUCAACCUCUCGAAGCGAUGACGCCAAGUGACGAGUACCGAGUGCCGAGUGCGGAAAUAUGUGACCGCUUUUGCAUUUCUGAAGUAUGCCGCGAGCGCGUAUCUCGAUAGCGAGGGGGCCUUUUUGGUGAUGUAAUCCGCAGUAGACAGAGUGCAGUAACGGGGGCCGUGCCCGAGACGAAACGAACCGGGAAAUGGUGAUUGCAAUGGCUGCGCUGCUUGGUUACCGAUUGGUUCGCUACGCGAUCUCCCUGUGCCCCCUUGGUGUUUACUCUGGCGCUUGUUUGGCUAGGAUGACCUUCGAGUAUGUGAGGUGUGGAUAGAGAGGUGCGCUGCUAGGUAGAAUGAAGUGCGUCUGUGUCCCCGUAGUGGUAGUAGGCGCCACUCAGCAUGCUGCUCAUGACAAAACUGUGAAGAAACUGCGACGAAACCGACGCUAUAGGGAGCAUUAUUCAAGAAGGCGCAGGCUAGAUAAAGUUGUUAAUGCGUGUAAAUAUUACUAUCGAACUCUUUAAGUGCGUAGCUAGUAGGUAGUAUUUUUUAUAUAC